GACCUGAACGUGUUGACCUCCCGCCUCGGUGCUUACCCGAUACAUUUCCAGACCCAGUAGGCGGCAAACAGUCCCGAAUUCCGAACGCCGCGAGCCUACGGCGACGGGACGGUGCCGCUAAUCAGUAAUCACCACGCUGAGCGCACCGCCGUAUCCAACGCCCACGCGAAAACGACGUCGUCGUUGUCGUAAUGACGGACGAGGAGAUUCUGAACAAGCUGGAGGAGUCGACCAAGGACGCCGCGCGCCUCCAGCUCAAAACUCUCUUCUCCAUACUCGAACGCAACGGCGGCGUACGUUAUCUCCAGCCCUACCUCAGUGACUACCGUGCGCCCGUCGACGCUGUGAGUUACCGGAGCGCCGUGCCGUUGUCUUGCUACGAUGACUACACCGAUCACAUCAAUAAGAUGGCAGAUGAUCGCGACGAUCGUGAUCAGCCUCUUCUAUCUGUUGAUCCCCUCGUCUGUUUCUUCUACAGCUCUGGGACGAGUUCCAUGAAGUCGAAAAUGAUUCCUUACUUUGAUUCAGCACCUUCAAAGGCCGCCUCUUUCUUAGCUCACCAGGGCAGCAAUGCAAUUCUUCGGAGGUUGUUUCCUCCAAGGCCUACGGUCAAUAAGAUCCUUUGUUUUAUCUACUCUGGUAAUGUUAGAAGGACCAAAGGGGGAUAUAAGGUUAUGGCUGCUUCUGCAUUCCCUUUGCAUAGCAAUAAUGCAAAUUCAUCUGUAUUUAACUAUUGUGUUAGUCCGCGUGAGGUCAUUCUUGGAUCGGAUGUUCAGCAUCAAAUGUACUGCCACCUUCUUUGUGGCCUUAGAAACUGCGAUUUUGUCGAUGGGUUGCAUGCACCAUAUGCAAUUGGCUUAAUUAGAGCAUUCUCCCUGCUAGAGUUCAAGUGGGAGCAGCUCUGUGAGGAUCUUGAACAUGGAUUUCCAAGUUCAGAGAUUUCAGAUCUCACUAUGAGAGAUUCUGUUAUCAAGGCUCUUGGUGGACCUCAACCAGAUCUGUCAAAGAGAAUUCGAUCAAUUUGUGGAGAAAAGGAGUGGGUUGGAAUCUUGGGUAAAUUGUGGCCAAAUGCUCGUUACAUCAAGUGUGUCAGUACAGGAAGCAUGGAGCAGUAUUAUCCGAAGCUUAAGUACUAUGCAGGAGAGUUGCCAAUCCUAGGUGGAGACUACUUUGCUUCAGAAUGUUGUGUGGCCAUGAACUUGAAAAUUAUUCAACCUCCAAAACUGACCCGGUUUGUUAUGCUUCCGUCUGCGGCUUAUUUCGAAUUUCUCCCGUUUGAAUUGAACAAACCCAAUGACGCGGAUGAAGAAACAGUAGAUUUUUCUGGUGUUGAAGUGGGAAAGACUUACGAGGUGGUUAUAACUACUUUUAGAGGACUUUACCGAUGCCGUUUGGGGGAUAUUGUGAGAAUUGUUGGUUUCCAUAAUUCAUCUCCAGAAAUAGAGUUUGUUUCAAGAGCUCCUAAAAGUCGUAAUGAGAUAUUUACUGAGAGAGCAUUGAUGUCUGCCAUGGAAAGUUUCCAAGCUGAGCUGAGAAUAGUUACCAUGACAGAAGUAAUUGAUUUCACUAGUUUCUUUGAUUUGGACUUGAAACCAAAGCAGUUGAAGAUUUUUGUAGAAGUCAGGGAGGGAAGCAUAUUUCUUCAGGAGGAGAAGUUGAAGGAAUCGGUUGUAGUUCUUAAAAGGUGUUGCUCCUCUCUUGAGGAUGGGUUGCAGGGCAUUUAUCAAUCAAUGAGGGGCAGAAGUGAACUUGGGCCACUAUUGUUGUUUAUUGUAGAGCCUGGUACAUUUGAUAGGUUACUACAAGUAGCCAUUAAGAAUGGAGCGCCAGCUAGUCAAUAUAAACCACCCAAAAUUAUAAGAAAUCGCGAGAUUGCUGAUUUCUUGGAAGGAUCUUCAGUUGUCACUGUAUGUCUAGAUCCUUUGGAUGGUUAAUGACACUCGACUUGGAGUUUAAAAGCUCAGGUGCCACAUUGUUGAAUAUCUUCUGCUAAUUGAUGUAUGCUGUCCCUGCAAUCAAACUAAGAAUUUUCUAGAGUUACAGGUGUGAACCUAGUGAGUUCAUGACUAUUAUCCUUUAUCAGGUGAUUCCCAGAGGAGGUAAAGAACCUUGUAAAUAUUGAGUUGUAAUUUGUGCUAUGGAUCUUGAGUUCCCUCUCUCUCUCUCUCUCUCUCUAUUGUAUUUUAUUUCAUUUUUUUCUAUCAGUUGUUUCUGUUGUAUACUAAUGGUUUCGAUAAAGGGAGAUGGAUUUUAUUUUAA